AGAGAAACAACUGUUAUUUGUGAAAAUUCUGCUUCAGAGUUGAGUUCUAGUUUCUACUAUUUGUUUUGUAGAUUGCAAAUUAUAUUCCUUUUGAUGAAGACUUGGAUUAUCCGGCAAAGCUGGAGCAAUCUGCUGGGACAAAGUCAGGAACUACUUCGGCCGAUGAAAAUCCAGAUGUUUUCAAAACAUGGUACCCGCCAUUGGAGAGAACUUUAUCUUGCCUUUCAAAGUUGUAUCGUUGCUUAGAACCGGCUGUAUUUACUGGUUUAGCGCAGGAAGCAAUUGAAUUUUGCUCAUUAUCCAUCCAGAAAUCAAGCAAACUAAUUGCUAAGAAGUCCUCACCUAUGGAUGGGCAACUUUUUCUUAUCAAAUAUCUCCUUAUCUUGAGGGAACAGAUUGCACCUUUCGACAUAGAAUUUUCAGUCACGCACAAGGAACUUGAUUUCUCUCAUUUGCUGGAUCAUCUGAGACGGAUUCUCAGAGGUCAGGCCUCACUCUUUGACUGGUCAAGAUCAACCUCACUGGCAAGGACUUUAUCUCCCCGAGUUUUGGAAAGUCAGAUAGAUGCAAAGAAGGAUUUGGAGAAGAGCCUGAAAGCCACUUGCGAAGAAUUCAUCAUGUCAGUCACUAAGCUUGUUGUGGAUCCCAUGCUUUCGUUUGUAACCAAGGUGACAGCUGUGAAAGUUGCAUUAUCCUCUGGUGGACAAGAUCAGAAAUCAGACUUUGUUCUGGCCAAACCUCUAAAGAAUCAAGCUUUUGCUACUCCAGACAAGGUGGCUGAGCUUGUCCAGAAGGUUGAUGCUUCCAUUCAGCAGGAAUUGCCCAGGGUGAUGGGAAAGAUGAAGCUUUAUCUGCAAAAUCCAUCAACACGUACAAUUCUGUACAAACCUAUCAAGACAAACAUUGUGGAGGCUCACUUACAGUUACAAUCCCUACUAAAGUCUGAGUACUCUCCUGAAGAGAUACAAUGCAUUGGUACGGUGACCUUACAGGAUUUGCAGACUCGACUUGAUGGCUUUCUGUAGAGAAUGGUGAAUUCCAUGUUUUUAUCUCAGCUCUGAAUGCUUCUUUUUUUUCUUUUGUAAUAUCUUCUAGGCUUUGAAGGCCUUGUGUAGGUACUCUUCUCAUUAGAGACUUGAAUCUGUUAAUCCCGAGCUAACAAACUUUAAAAUUGAGAAAAUUUAAGUUCUGUUGGAAUUGAUACA